GGCGCGGCGGGGCCAGCUGCUCCCUGGGCUCGGGCGCCGCCGCCGGCUCCUCGGGAAGCGCCCGCGCCGCGGACUCGGAGGCGGCCACGAUGGAGGCGCAGGCUCGAGGUUUGUUGGAGACCGAACCAUUGCAAGGACGAGAUGAAGACACGGUAGCCAGUGCUGACUUCUCUAGCAUGCUGUCCGAGGAGGAAAGAGAAGAGUUAAAGGCAGAAUUAGUUCAGCUAGAAGACGAAAUUACAACGUUACGGCAAGUUUUAUCAGCGAAAGAAAGGCAUCUGGUGGAGAUAAAACAAAAACUCGGCAUGAACCUGAUGAAUGAAUUAAAACAGAACUUCAGCAAAAGCUGGCAUGACAUGCAGACCACUACCGCCUACAAGAAGACACAUGAAACCCUGAGUCACGCUGGGCAGAAGGCGACUGCAGCUUUCAGCAACGUUGGGACGGCCAUCAGCAAGAAGUUUGGAGACAUGAGGUCUCACUCCAUCGGCUACUCCAUUCGCCAUUCCAUAAGUAUGCCUGCUAUGAGGAAUUCUCCUACUUUCAAAUCAUUUGAGGAGAGGGUUGAGACAACUGUCACAAGCCUUAAGACGAAAGUAGGCGGCGCGACCCCCGGCGGAGGCAGCUUCGAAGAGGUGCUCAGCUCCACGGCGCAGGCCAGCGCGCAGAGCUCGGGGGGCGGGCCGCGGCGGGCCGAGGAGGAGGAGCUGCAGUGCUAGGACCGCCCCCUGCGGCCCGGCCCCGCCCCCUGUGGUCCUGGCCCCGCCUCCUUGGCCCGGCCCCGCCCCCUGUGGUCCUGGCCCCGCCUACUGCGGCCCCAGCCCCGCCCCCACCCCGGGAAAAACCCAGGCCUUGACCUCGUUCUUCCAAUGGCCUCUCCGCGGAGUUUAAUAAAAGCAUUUCCACUUUGAAUUUGUGUUAAUGAUGGACCACGUGACCGUCACAUGCAGCAUCCGUAGACUGAUGUCAGCAUGUCCCCACCUGGGCAGGUACACAAUGGGUCGGAGCCCUUGUCUGUGUGUCAUUCAGCCUCCUACUUUCCUGACCGUAGCUAUGAAUGAUCGGCUUCGGUGUUUGCUCGGCCCCCUCCAGGACGUGCUUGCCUUUGAAGGCCGAGCCUGGAAGCCCCCUUCCAGGCCAGUCAGUGGGCGGGAUGGUGGUUUUUGUGACCCUCUUCCAGCACCGGGAUGGGCUCGCUGCAAAGGCCCUCAGACUGCCUGUGGUCACCCUCACUUGCACCAGUGAUGUGUGUUUGUUUGAGCAAUUAAAGUAAUCGGUUUUAACGAA